UUGCGGCACACAGGCUAGGCACAAAAAACCACAAAGAGCUAGCUAGCUCGAAAUAUACAUGAGAGAGGCUAUUUGAUCGGCCGCUGCAUCCUCAUCCUGUUGACAAAUACUGAAAUCGAAUUGAAAUAAUCUGAUUUAGAAGUCUGGUGAUUAUUGACACCAAAGCCAAACUAACUGUAGCUCAUAGUCAUACUGUAUCUUGCAAACCUCUAUUUUUGAUUGGCUCAAACAAAGAAAGUGGAAUUGGAAAGGAUGAUGUUUCGAUAGUCGACGCGACGUAGUCGUACUCGUAGGCCUACCGUAGAGCGGUACUUAGAUUAGACCUGAAGAUCGAACUCGAACUCGAUCCGAGGACCUUGGUGAUUUAUAAACAUUGCCCAGGAGUGGUGGUGAGAAUGAGUGCUUUACAAGAAGUCGUCCAACAGCUAGAAAAUAUCUUGAAGACAUCCAAUGAGUAUGGCCCCUUCGUUUGCAUCGACACUCCAGCACCCAUAAACAUUCUUCAGGUUGAUACAAACAGUAAUGGCAUCCAGAAAAAUACAGAGACUUCAUCAGACUUGUUGCAACAUGAAAGCAAUACAUUGAUAUCCCAAGGACUUAAUCAGCAGGAUGAUCAUGGAGUGAUUAUUGGACAAUCAUUUGGAAAAGACCUAGUUGGGUCUCGGCACCGUGACACUGGGUCUAAUCUGUUGGGUGAAAAUGGCAUUUGCCAUGACAACAUAGGGACAAUACAUGUAGAAGAGAGCCAUGAAGUAAGAGUGACUGACCAUAUGACAAUCCCAACAUGUAACCCAGUUAAUAGUAACUCACAAGAUGUUAAUGGUGCCAGCAAUGAAUCAUUGCAGGAGGAAUCAGUUGGGGAAGUUCAAGAAUGUGGGAAAGUAACAGUGAAUAACUCGGUACCUUUAACACAUGCAGUGAAUAAUCAGGUAUUUUCAAACAAUCCUUUAAUACAGACUUGCAGUGAAAAUGCUGUUCCCAUCACUAAAUAUGGACUACUCUUAGAUGGUGACAAUGGAAAUGAAAAAAAGGAUGAAGGGGAGGUAAUCGUUAAACCUCUCAAAAGAAAAAGAGGAAGACCUAGAAAAAUUAUUGAUCCAAACAGCAUUGUUCCAAAAAUUAAGAGGCCAAGAGGGAGACCAAGGAAGUAUCCUGCUCCUAAUUCUGAUUUAGAUCACAUCUUGCCAAUUGAAAUAGAACAUAUAAGCUCAAAAGCCAAGCAUGCAGUUCCUGCAAUAGUAUCUGAUGAGCUGGAUGAUCACAAUGGAGUUGGAUUAAGUGUCCAUUUGGAAGGAGAGAAGGAAGGACCAAGAACAACCUAUGACUUUUUCUCUGUUCUUGGUUUACAGAAUUGUGGUAGGAAAUGCAUUCCAGCUGUGUUGAAUCAGGGGGCACCUGGAGUGCAAGAACAGCAAGAGCAGAUACUCUCUGAAGGUAGCAUUGUUUCUCUAACUGAAGAAGUUAAUUAUAAUCAUGUAGGAUCAAUAGAUGUACCAGAAGAGUCAUUUAGAUUCCAUGGUGAUGCCGAAUUUAUCUGUUCUGUUAGCAACAACGAAGAAGCAAGGACUCGUCCUGCUUUCCCUGAAGAGCAAUGCUGCCUGAGACCAACAGAAGGUUUUGCAACUGAUGUCACUAUGCAAAACAGCAAUACAAGCACUGCUCAUGUUGAAAAGCAUGAAGAGAAUGAGGAGGGGGAAAAAACAAAUGGAAACAAAAUUGACCAACCCAUUAAGAGAAAAAGAGGGAGACCGAAACGGCCAGUGCAAAAUAUAAACCUUAAAAGAAGACUAGAAAAAGUCCCAGUGACAAAUACCAGUCAUGUAGGUGUUGCCUCAGCUUCUAUGGAUGUAGUAGGUUUAUCCCCUCUUUCAUGCACCACUAUAAUUCAGAACUUUCAUGAACACUCUCACGGGCCAAAGGGUGUUUGUACUCAGACAACAAAUGGAGACAGAGAAGGGGACUUGGGGUACAAUCAUGGGUUUCCAGUUGAACGCACUUGCUGUAAAGUCAAUAAUGAUAUUCUAGAAAAUGAAAAAAUUGAAGAAAAUAAAGAAAAAUGUAGACAAGAACAGAGUGGCUCAUUAUCUGUUUGGGAGAAAGACACUGCUACAGUCCAGGAUGGAACAAAUGAAGGUUUCAUGGAAGAUACAGUACCAAAACUCAGACUUCGAAGGAAGAUGGGCUCUGAAACAAGAGAGAACCAAAUCAAAUCAUUGAUAAGCAUAUUUAAAGCCACCGAUGGAGAUGACAACUCUAUUGAGAGAGAUGCUGCAGCAGGAAUCUAUUAUUCAGACUCAACAGAAAAAGUCAGUCAUACCAAAGUUCCUGCUGUUCACCAAGAUGAAGAAUGUCCCUUAGUGAUGGAAUCAGAAGUAGCGAUGGACAGUCACCCUCUCAGUGAUCAGGCACUGUCCAAAGAAAUCUUACCAACCAAUGAUAAGGCAAUUUAUGAAGAGAUCUUGCCAACAGCAGUUUCAACGGAUGUCUUUCCUUUGGAAGAUUUAAGAGACCAAUUAAACCUGCUUCCUGAUCAUCCACAGAAAACGUAUGAUAUAAGUGGGAAGAGCAUCAAAGGGCAAACUUCUACUAAAGAUGAAAGUGAUGAAAUCGUCAUUUCAAAGGACAGUUGUGAAACCCCUAAAAAGAGAGGUAGAGGAAGACCCAAGAAGAUCAGGCCUAUUAAUGGGGAAGCAGCAAAAGAUGACCAUGAUCAACUCCAUAAGGAGAGAGUUAGGAGCAACCCAAGGAAGAUCAGACCAUUAGAAAAGGUGGUACAUGAUGUACAGAAAUCAGAUGAUGCUUCAUUGGAUAGCCAUCUGCCUUUAUACCCUGAUGAUAAAUUUCAUGAAGAUGAAAACAAAAAAUUUGACAUGGUGUCGAAUACUACAAUUUUGAAUGAUUCAGAAACAGAAGUGAUGAACAAUGAAAGGGAAGCAUCAAAACUAUCCAAAAAGAAACUUGGAACAGAUCAAAGGGUCAUUUCCAUUGUGUGCUCAAGUGAGUCUGAAGAAGAGAGACAGAAGAAGACUGCAGAAAUUUUACCAGACGAUGAUCAGGCACUGACAGAAGAGAUCUUAUCAACCAGUGAUCUGGCUCUGACUGAAGAUAUAUUACGAACCAAUGAUCAGUCCCUGAAUAAAGAAAUGCUACCAUCCAGUGAUCAGGUAAUGGCAGAAGAAAUCCUUUCUACGAAUGAUCAGUUACUGAUCAGAGAGAUAUUGCCACCAACAGAUGUCCUUUCCUUGGGAGAUGUAAAUGGCAAAUGGAAUCUUCUCCCUGAUCAUCCAGAAAAUCUACAGAAAGUGUGCAAUGCAAGUGAGAUGGCUAUACAAGAUCAAACUUCAGUUACAGAUGAAAGUAAUAAAAUGGUCAUUUCAAAAGUCACUUGUGAAACCGCUAUGAAGAGAGGCAGAGGAAGACCCAAGAAGAUCAGGCCAAUUGACAAGGAGGUAACAAAAGAUGAUAGUAGUCUACCAACUGAAAAGAGAGGAAGAGGAAGGCCAAGGAAGAUCAGAUCGUCUGAAGAGGUUGUACAGGGUAUUGAGAUAACAAAUGUUACUUCAUUGGACAGCCAUCUCUCUUCAUUGCCUGAUAAGGAAUAUCAAGAAGAUAUUCAUAAAGACCAUGAUAUGGGGUCUACUGUCACGACAAUAUUAAAUGAUUCAAAAUUGUAUGAACAUGUCUCGCUAAAUGCCUUGAAUGAAAUGACUCAUUGCAAAUUGUUAGGAAGGAACUCAGAGGCAGGUUUGAAUCAAGAAACAAAAGUGACAAAAAAUGAUAGGAAAACAGAAUCAAGAGUUACCAAUAAACCUGAGGUAGUUCAACGGGAUAUAACUAAUGUGUGCUCAAGUGAGACAGAAGAAGCGAUACUGAAGAAGACUGCAGACAUAUUACCACCCAAAGAUCAUUCUCUGAAUGAAGAGAUGUUACCAAUCAAUGAUCAGCAACUGACAGGAAAGAUCUUGCCACCAACCUAUUUGCUUCCCUUGGGAGAUUUAAGAGGCAAAUUGAAUCUUCUUCCUGAUCAACCAGAAUAUCUACAGAAAGUGUGCAAUGCAAGUGGGAUUGGCAUCAAAGAACAGACUUCAGCUAAAGAUGAAAGUGAUAAAUUGGUUAUUUCAAAGGAUAGUUGUGAAACCCCUACAAAGAGAGGUAGAGGAAGACCCAGAAAGAUCAGGGUCGUUGAUAAGGAAGUGACAAAAGAUAAUAGUGGUCAAUUCACUAAGGAGAAGAGGUCUGAAGAGGUUUUGCAUAUUGAUAAAACAAAUGCUUCUUUAUUGGACAGCCAUCUGUUGUUAGUUCCUGAGAAUAAAGUUCAUGUAUAUUCAGACAAAAAUCUUGAUUUGGGAAGUAGUGCCAUAUUAAGUUUGAAUGAUUCAAACCAAAAGGCACAAGUAAUGAGAAAUGAAAGGAAAAUGGCUUCAAGAAUAUCCAACAGACCUGAGAUGGUUCAAAGGGACACUUCUAUUAUAUGCUCAAGUGAGUCUGAAGAAGAGACACUGAAGAAGACUGCAGAGAACUUACCACCCAAUGAUCAGAUACUGACUGAUGAGAUCUUUUCAACUCCCAAUAAUGAUCAGGAAAUGACAAAAGAGAUCUUUUCAACCAAUGAUCAGUUACUGCCCAAAGAGAUUUUGCCACCAACAGAUCCAUCAGAUGUCCUUUCCUUGGGUGAUGUAAGAGGCAAAUUGAAUCUUCUUCCUGAUCAUCCAGAAAAAUUACAGAAGGUGUGCAAUGCAAGUGAGAUGGCUAUACAAGAUCAAACUUCAGUUACAGAUGAAAGUGAUGAAAUGGUCAUUUCAAGAGACACUUGUGAAACCCCUAUGAAGAGAGGCAGAGGAAGACCUAGGAAGAUCAGGCCAAUUGACAAGGAGGAAACAAAAGAUGAUAGUAGUCUACCAACUGAAAAGAGAGGAAGAGGAAGGCCAAGGAAGAUCAGAUCGUCUGAAGAGGUUGUACAGGGUAUUGAGAUAACAAAUGUUACUUCAUUGGACAGCCAUCUCUCUUCAUUGCCUGAUAAGGAAUAUCAAGAAGAUAUUCAUAAAGACCAUGACAUGGGGUCUACUGUCACAAUAUUAAAUGAUUCAAAAUUGUAUGAACAUGUCUCUCUAAAUGCCUUGAAUGAAAUGACUCAUUGCAAAUUAUUAGGAAGGAACUCAGAGGCAGGUCUAAAUCAAGAAACAAAAGUGACGAGAAGUGAUAGGAAAACAGAUUCAAGAAUUACCAAUAAACCUCAGGUAGUUCAACGGGAUAUAACUAAUGUGUGCUCAAGUGAGACAGAAGAAGCGAUACUGAAGAAGACUGCAGACAUAUUACCACCCAAAGAUCAUUCUCUGAGUGAAGAGACGUUACCAAUCAAUGAUCAGCAAAUGACAGAAGUGAUCUUGCCACCAACCCAUGUGCUUCCCUUGGGAGAUGUAAAUGGCAAAUUGAAUCUUCUUCCUGACUAUCCAGAAAAUCUACAGAAUGUGUGCAAUGCUAGUGAGAUGGACAUUCAAGAUCAAAGUUCAGUUACAGAUGAAAGUGAUGAAAUGGUCAUUUCAAGAGACACUUGUGAAACCCCUAUGAAGAGAGGCAGAGGAAGGCCCAGGAAGAUCAGGCCAAUUGACAAGGAUGUAACAAAAGAUGAUAGUAGUCUACCAACUGAAAAGAGAGGAAGAGGAAGGCCAAGGAAGAUCAGGUCGUCUGAAGAGGUUGUACAGGGUAUUGAGAUAACAAAUGUUGCUUCAUUGGACAGCCAUCUCUCUUCAUUGCCUGAUAAGGAAUAUCAAGAAGAUAUUCAUAAAGACCAUGACAUGGGGUCUACUGUCACAACAUUAUUAAAUGAUUCAAAAUUGUAUGAACAUGUCUCUCUAAAUGUCUUGAAUGAAAUGACUCAUUGCAAAUUGUCAGGAAGGGACUCAGAGGCAGGUUUAAAUCAAGAAACAGAAGUGAUGAGAAGUGAAAGGAAAAUGGAUUCAAGAAUUACCAAUAAACCUCAGGUAGUUCAACGGGAUAUAACUAAUGUGUGCUCAAGUGAGUCAGAAGAAGAAGAGAUAUUGACAAAGACUGCAGAUAUCUUACCACCCAAAGAUCAGUCUCUGAAUGAAGAUAUGUUACCAAGCAAUGAUCAGCAAAUGACAGAAGAGAUCUUGCCAAUGGCAGUUCCAACAGAUGUGCUUCCCUUGGGAGAUUUAGGAGGUCAACUAAAUCUGCUUCAUGAUCAUCCAGAAAAGCCACAUAAAGAUACAAAUAGGAUUGGCUUCAGAGAGCAAACUUCAGCUAAAGAUGAAUGUGUAGACAGUUGUAAAACCCCUACAAAGAGAGGCAGAGGAAGACCAAGGAAGAUGAGGCUCAUUGAUAAGGAGGUGACAAAAGAUGACAGUGGUCUACCUGCUGAGAAGAGAGGUAGGAGCAGAACAGGGAAGAUCAGACCUUCUGGAGAAGUGAUAAUUAGUAAUGAGAAAACAAAUAAUGCUUUUUCGGACAGCCAUCUAUCUUUAUAUCACGAGGACAAAAACCUUGAUGUAGGGUCCAAUGCCACUGCAAGUUUGAGUAAUUCCAGUAUAAUAGAUUAUGUCUCUCCAAGUACUUUGAAUGAAAUGGCUUAUUGCAACUUAUUGGGAAGUUCAAACCAAGAAACAGAAAAGGUCAAAAAUGAAAUGGAUUCAGCAUCAAGGAUAUCAACAAAACCUGAGACUGUUCAAAGGGUCAUUUCAAUUGUGUGCUCAAGUGAGACCGAAGUGCACUACUCUAAAAUUAUCAAGCAGAGAAGGAAACAACAUGCCUUCAAACCACAUCCUCACAGAUUUUCCACAGAUGUACCAACAACAGAUUCAAGAGCAUUGCCAUCUUUUCAGAGUAAGCGUAGGUCAAUAUUAUUGCAAAGGAGAUGCAUGAAAAAAACGUCAGUUCGUAUCAAGAAGUUGCCCAAGAGACUGAUUAAUGGAUCUCUUAACCUUGAUGACCAAAGCAGGCUUGCACAACUCUUUCAGUGCCCUGAUAAACAUUCCCAGGGCAGGACAAAGAAAUGCAGAGAUGUCAAGUCCCAGUCGAUGUCUGGUUUACCUCAUCAGAUGUUACCUGCAAAAUCAACUCCCUUAAGCUCAGGUGGACGAGUGAUUGCACCUCAUGCUCAUGGUUAUGUUCAGUCAAGCAUCUCCAGCUCUCCUCAAAAAACUAUUAGGUUGACCUAUGGUGACAAGAAUGCUCAAUCCAGCCAAGUAAAUGAUGAAAUCAGAAAAUGUAGCCAUUCCCAUAAGAAAAUAUUGAAACAUCCACCCUUACCCUUCAAUUCUAUGGGAGCAUCAGUCAGUGCCAAAAGCCUGAUCAUGGAUAGGAUCAAGAAGGAUGCUGCAAUGUUGCAAGGUGAUUUCCAGAAUAAAGAAAUCCAAAAGAAUUUCAAGGUUGGACAAAUAACAGCAAGAGCCAGAACAAACAUCAGUUAUGAGAAGACAGGAAGAGGCAGGCCUUCCAAAAAGUUUGUUUCAUUUGGUACCAGUGUCAAGCAGAGGAUUGAUGACUAUCAGCCCAGAGGGCCUCUCUUAAUCAGCAAACGUUUGUUCAGUUUCAAACGAAAAUCUGCAAGGGAUAUUACCUUGAACAAUCUGAAGAAAAAGGAAAGGGUACAUGUUGCAUCUCACAAAAAUAUUCCCAACAGUGUAACAUGUGGGAAAAUACGACGAAAAGUAGGAAGGCCCAGAAAAAAUCCUCCUACAUUAGAUAUCCAUGAUUCUACAAAGAACUGUAGAUCAGUCAGUGAGGUAAAAAGAAAAAGAGGAAGACCUCGCAAAAAUCCUAUACUUGCAGAUACCGUAGAUCCAGAAAAAACAUCUGAAGGUGCUCAGCCAUGCAAUGAAUUAAAGAAACAGAUUGAGAAUUGUUCUUCAAGUCAGGACAUCCAGCUCAUGACAAAGAAAGAGGGAAGACAAAGGAAAAAGCCUGAAAGACUAGAGUAUAAACACCAGGAGGAAAAACCUUAUAAGAGUCCUAGUAGUGUUGUUUCUCCAAUAAAAGGUUCUGAACCAGAUUCUGCAAUCCAGCCCCUGGCAAAAAAGAGAGAUUGGCCAAGGAAGUAUCAAUGUGAGGAGAUUACUCCGAAGUAUCCAUCUGUACCACUACCUAUUACUGACAAUUACUUGUUUGGAAGAUUCGGCUUCCAGCCUUCAAAUAUUCCAGGAUGUAAUGAAACACCGUCUUGUGAUUUUCCUCUCCCAAUUGAAGAAGCCACAGUUGAAGAGAUCCCUGGUGCACUAACCGAGAGUGCUAGAGAGAGUAUCCAAGCAGACAUUGUAACAGAUUUGGGUGAUUCAGUCCCACAACCUGCUUUCUUUGAUUCUGAAGCUGACAAGGAUGUAAUAACAGAGGGUCACUGGACACCAGACAUGCAACAGAAUUACCCUGAACCUCCUGACCUUUCUUGUUGCAUAGAGGUAUUUACUGAAGCUGUACUUCCACCUCCUCCAUCCUUGAAUAUGGAGUUGGAUACCACCUCCCUUCUAAAUACUUAAAGAAGUGCCAGUGCCCUUAUUUUGCCAGAGGUUUACCAUUCAAUUCAAAAUCAAGCCAAAGGAAAACAAAUUCAUUACCUGAAGAGUAGUGCAAUAACAGUGUGUGUACAUACAGACUAGCUUACUAGUAUACAUACUGACUGGGUUCAUCUCAAAAUAAUGAUCUAUUUAAAAAAAAAUCAUGCUGUUUUGUGACAGCAUCUUGACAACUCUGUAUAAAUGUAAGGAACGCCAAGAAGUUUAGACCUCGAAGAUGAAGACCAAAUACUAGACGUCUGAGUCCAUGGAUAAGGACAGGGCCACGUAAUUGUCCUUGAGGCCAGCUCAAGUACAGCACAGAAUUUCAGUUGUUCAAAAAGAUGCAACUGAUUAAUACAAGAAGAAACAAAAAUCAAAGUAAAAUGUCUAUAAUGGCAUACCAUAAAAAGUUAAAAUUAUGCCUCAUAAAAUUUGUAAUAAUUGAUUGUAAUUCAUUUCCAUAUGUCAAAAUGGUGAUGAUUAUGAUCACUCGACAAGUUGUGCACCUUUACCAUAUAAACCUUGUAUAUUUUUGUUCUAUCUUGCUUCUCACAAAUUUAUUUUGUGUUUUAGCUCAUCCCUUUAAUUUUGGGAAACUGUUGAAGGAAAACUAAAUUUUGUGGUCUGUUUAUAGAGAGAUGGUCCGAAAUCUGUGGUCAAGUCAGCAGGUUUGCCUAUACAUGCGUUGCUUUUAUAACACAACCAUUUGAGUAACAAUAAUUGUUUGUGGAUGUAGUGGUGCUACAGCUAAUCAUGUUUCAAUUUUGUUAAGUAAAACAAUUUUAGAUAUACUCAAGCGCAUUCAAACGUUUAUGGAAUGCAUAUAUGAAUGUGAACUUAUUUACACAUCUGUACAUACAUCAUGUGUCAUUAUCAAUGUAAUUAACCUUUGUUGUCUGACAAGUUCAUGUUAACUGCUGUUUUGAUGAUUGAGUAGUGUUAUAUGAUUUCCUAUAAUUCUUCACUUUAACCCUAUGUAGGCCUAGGCUAUUUUCAGAAAUCAGUGUCACUUUUUCAGUCAUAAAUAACCAGAGAUUCAUCACUUUAAUUUAGUAAAAGUAAGAAAAAUGAUACAUUUAUGAAUUUUGGCUACAUACAGAAUUUGCAUUGGAUUUUUAAGGAAAUCCUGAUUUCAGGCAUAUUUUGUCUGACCUACACUUAAGAAAUGUUUCCGAACUACGUACCCCUGCAUUGCGAAUUUGGUCUUAAUAGUUGUGCAAGACUAAGAAAAGAAAGAAUUAAACAUUGCAGCACAAUCUUUAUACAUUACAGAUAUGUGGAGCGUUGUGGCCCAGUGGAUUAGUCUCCGGACUUUGAAACAGAGGGUCGUGGGUUUGAAUCCCAGCCA